GAACCUUGCCUGCUACUUAACUUCUUCCGCUUCCCUCCCUCUUUCCCUCUUCCUCUCUUCCUCUCCAUCCGUCAGUUUUCUUCCCUCAGUUUCGUUCCAUCUACUGCUUUCAGUCUACUUCGAUCACUCUCCUCCUCGAGACGUGAUCUCUAACAACCGUCACCAUUUUCGCGACACUUCUUAACUCGCGUCACCACCCGUUCAACGGCCGGCGCUCAUCCAACCGUGGUGGGGCACCGGAUAAUUCGUUAUACAUCCAAUAAACAACUUUAGCUUCACAUCACACCCUAUUCCUUCAGUUCGCCAUGGCCCCCCACGCGAGCUCGGAUGUUGCUGCCAACGGCGCUGUGAACGGGUCGUCUCACUCAACUAACCCUCUGUUUACUGUCAACUCGCCCAACGUGGUCUACACGGACAACGAGAUCAAAAGUCAGUAUGUUUACCACACUACUGAUGUCUCGCGUACUUCCGACAACAAGCUCGUUGCCACCCCCAAGGCUACCACCUACAACUUCAAGGUCGACCGCAAGGUGGGCAAGGUUGGUAUGAUGUUGGUCGGAUGGGGUGGAAACAACGGUUCCACUGUGACGGCCGGUCUCAUUGCCAACCGCCGUGCUCUCACUUGGGAGACUCGUGAGGGCCCGCGUGCUGCCAAUUACUAUGGCUCUACCGUCAUGAGCUCGACCAUCAAGCUGGGAACCGACUCCAAGACUGGUGAUGAGAUCAACAUUCCCUUCCAUGACGUGCUUCCAAUGGUCCACCCCAAUGACCUUGUCGUUGGUGGUUGGGACAUCAGCAGCAUGAAUCUCGCCGAUUCCAUGGACCGGGCCCAGGUUCUUGAGCCAACUCUCAAGCAGCUUGUCCGCAAGGAGAUGGUCGGGUUGAAGCCGCUGCCUAGUAUCUACUACCCCGACUUCAUUGCCGCCAACCAGGAAGACCGUGCCGACAACGUCGUUCCGGGUGACAAGGCCUCGUGGGCUCACGUUGAGCACAUCCAGAAAGACAUUCGCGACUUCAAGGCUCAGAAUGGUCUGGACAAGGUCAUUAUCAUGUGGACCGCCAACACGGAGCGUUACUCUGACAUCCUGCCUGGUGUCAAUGACACUGCCGACAACCUUAUCAACUCCAUCAAGUCUGGCCACGCAGAGGUUGCCCCAUCGACCGUUUUCGCGGUGGCUUCUAUCCUGGAGGAUACCCCCUUCAUCAACGGAUCGCCUCAGAACACCUUUGUCCCAGGUGCCCUCGAGCUUGCUGAGAAGCGUGGUGCCUUCAUUGGUGGAGACGAUUUCAAGUCUGGACAGACCAAGAUGAAGUCUGCUCUGGUCGACUUCCUGAUCAACGCCGGUAUCAAGCUCACCUCCAUUGCCAGCUACAACCACCUGGGUAACAACGACGGUAAGAACUUAAGCUCCCAGAAGCAGUUCCGCUCCAAGGAGAUUUCCAAGUCCAACGUGGUGGAUGAUAUGGUUGCCGCCAACCAAAUCCUUUACGAGAAGGAUGAGCACCCCGACCACACCGUUGUCAUCAAGUACCUGCCGGCUGUUGGCGACAACAAGCGUGCCUUGGAUGAGUACUAUGCCGAGAUCUUCAUGGGCGGCCACCAGACUAUCAGUCUGUUCAACAUCUGCGAGGACUCCCUGCUUGCGUCUCCUCUCAUCAUCGACCUUGUCAUCCUUGCUGAAAUGAUGACUCGUGUCACCUGGAAGUCCAAUGGCGCCGCCGACUACAAGGGCUUCCAUAGCGUUCUUAGCGUUCUCAGCUACAUGCUUAAGGCUCCUCUGACCCCUCCCGGAACUCCUGUUGUUAACGCUCUGGGCAAGCAGCGCUCGGCUCUGAUCAACAUCUUCCGUGCCUGCGUCGGUCUCCAGCCUGAGUCUGAGAUGACCCUUGAGCACAAGCUCUUCUAAGGCCGUGCCGGUCAAGUUCGAGCUUGAAUACUAUCUCAACACUGUUGAGUCUGGGGAAGUUAGUCGAAAGCAGUGAUAGCCAACUAUAGCCACUCGUUUGAAUGCUACACAAAUUGAUUUU